UGAGAAGUGGAAGAACUGCAAUUAAUUUCAAUACCGUAAUAUUAAUCAAAAUUAUUUUUGGCACUGGGUGGCUGAAUAUCCUUGCUCUUUACGGAGACAUCAUAUAUAAGAAAUGUCUAAGGCUUUGUAAAACUGUUGCCCAAUAGACUGGAACAUGGAGACACAGCUAGACCCCAUGAAGGAUGACUUGCCCUUAAUGGCCAACACUAGCUACAUGCUUGUAAAGCACUAUAUAUUGGACUUGGAUGUGGAUUUUAAAAGUAAAGUUAUUGAAGGUGUCAUAGUUUUAUUCUUCGAGACUGGGAGCCGGUACAGGAAAACCAGCAGUACUGGCAAAGAUGACUGCCAGUCACAGUUUGAUGAAACCUGUAAAAUGAGGGCAUCUGAACCCUGCCACAUUCCUGUGACAAAUGUGAGUGCCUGUUCAUUUAAAACGGAAUAUAAUGAUUUUGCUGUCUGUGGUAAAGGUGAAGAAGAUACUUCUGAUAAAAAUGGUAACUAUAGCAACAAGGAACAGGCUUCUGGGAUUUCUAGUUCAAAGGACUGCUGUGACAUAGAGAAUCAUGGGAACAAAGAUUUUCUGCUGGUAUUGGACUGCUGUGAUUUAUCUGUGCUAAAGGUUGAGGAGGUAGAUGUUGCCGCUGUGUCAGGCAUUGAAAAAUUCACAAGGUCUGCCAAGCUAACUGAUGUUUCAAAGGAGCUGGAAAAUCUCAGGAAUCAGAUUAUACAUGAACUUGUGACUUUACCUGCAGAUCGCUGGAAGGAACAGCUAUACUAUUUUACUUGCUGCAGCCAGGCGCCUGGCUGUGGAGAGCUUCUGUUUACUACUGGCACUUGGAGCUUGGAGAUAAAGAAAUCAGGAAUUCAGACUCCAACAGACUUUCCUCAUGCAAUAAGAAUAUGGUACAAAACCAAGCCAGAGGGAAGAUCUGUUACAUGGACUACAGACCAGAGUGGCAGGCCAUGUGUUUAUACGAUGGGAUCACCAAUAAACAACAGAGCCCUUUUCCCAUGCCAGGAACCGCCCGUUGCCUUGUCAACAUGGCAAGCCUCAGUCCGAACAGCUGCCGGCUUUGUUGUGUUAAUGAGUGGUGAAAACUCAGCAGAACCAGUCCAGCUUCAAGAAGGUAUCUUGAGCUGGUACUACUAUGUGACUAUGCCAAUGCCAGCAUCCACCUUCACUAUUGCUGUGGGGUGCUGGCAGGAAGUUAAAAAGCAGUCCUUCACAGCUGCUAUCCAGACAAACACUGAGUUUUCCUUGCCAUCUUCACAAGCCAGCUUCAGAUGGCAUGAAGAAAUCUGUGGUCAUGUGGAAUAUCCCUGCCGUUUCCAAAAUCCUGCUGCCAGGUUGCAGGCAGUCAUUCCUUAUAGAGUCUUUGCUCCCUGGUGCCUUAUGGAACACUGCAAAGAACGUUUACUUCACCUAAUUCCACAGUGCCUCUCAGCUGCUUACACCACAUUGGGUACCCACCCCUUUUCCAGGCUUGAUGUUUUGAUAGUUCCUUCCAACUUUUCCAGUUUGGGAAUGGCUAGCCCACACAUCAUCUUCCUGUCACAGAGUGUACUACCAGGAGGGAGCCAUCUCUGUGGAACACGUCUGUGCCAUGAAAUUGCUCAUGCUUGGUUUGGACUAGCCAUUGGUGCUCGUGAUUGGACUGAAGAGUGGAUAAGUGAAGGGUUUGCCACUUUUUUAGAAGAUAUAUUUUGGGCUAGGGCACAACAGCAGCUGUCACAUGAUGAAGUAAAAGGGCAGCAGGAAUUGAAAGCUAUACUUCGCUGGCGCCGACUCAGAGAUGAGGUGCAGAACUCUGAAGAAGAGCUGCAAGUUUUAAGGCCCAAAAAGGAGAGCACAGGAGAAUUGAGUGAGUCUGGAGCAUCUGUUGUCAAACAUGGUCUUAAAGCAGAAAAAAUCUUCAUGCAGGUUCACUAUUUGAAGGGUUAUUUCCUUUUGCGGUCUCUGGCAAGAACAGUAGGAGAGGCUUCAUACCUUGCAUCUUUACGAAAAUUUGUCCAUAAGUUCCAUGGGCAGCUUGUCCUUUCUCAGGAUUUUCUUUGCAUGCUGUUGGAAGACAUCCCUGAACAAAAAAAAUCUGGGUUAACUGUAGAAAGUAUCUUCCAGAAUUGGCUUGACACUUCCGGAAUACCAAAGCCUUUGCUGGAGGAGGGUGAGACUUGGAAGGAGUGUCAGCUCGUCCAGCAAGUGAGCGGCGAGGUCACAAAAUGGAUUCAGACAAACCAGAGCAUCAGAAAAAGCGGCAAAAAGAAAAGAAAGCAGGAUGAAGUCGUUUUUCAAAAGGAAGUCCUAUUUCUAAUACAAGAUGGAUGACUUUGCUAUACUGAGACACCGCCAAAUCAAAGCAACUGCUUCCGCAUCCAAGUACAAAAUCUAGGACAGAGAGAUAACUCUGUAUGGAAUAAGUGAAACAGAAUUGUGGAGGAAAGGUUGCUGACAACUACCGGGGAAUUGCUUCUUGAAAAAGUUGCCUUCCAAACAGUUAAGUUUGUAGGAGCUGACUUUACAUACGCAUGUAUGUAUUUAACGAACAUUUAAAGAUACCAUGUGCUGGAUAAGAACUGUGUAACUGGUAGUGUUAACUGCGCUCAAGGGGCAUAUGAACCAGUGGGGAAGCUUGUGUACAAAGGUGUGGUGCUGCUCUCCAGUGUGGACCCACACACGGUGGGUUAUACCAGUGUAACAGAUUCCAUGGGUGAGAAGGACUUUCUAGACAAGUAACUAAGGGUUCUUGUUCUUUUGCGCUUCUGAUCUUUUUUUUUUCUUUUUUUUGGAGCUUUGUUUUCCUUUCAAACCUUUUUGCUGCUCUGCUUCUGAAAUACUUUAUUUUUUCUUAGCAGCUUUUAUUACAAUCUUUCCUUUCCUGCUUCUUUUUCACCCCUCUUUUCUUUCUCUGUUCUCCAUUGUCUCCUUCAGUCACCUUCAGUACUGUUCAUUACUUUCUAUUUACUUUCAGUCAUUUUUUGUUUCCUACGUUAUCUUUUGCUCACCUUGUUUUCUGUUUAUGGUUCUCUGUAGAUACUCUUCUUAUGACAUGUGCAUGCACAUACGCAGCUUUAAACACACUCACCCCUCACAUUUCUGCUUUUGUCAUCCUUCCUAUUCUUGUAUGUUCUUUACUCCUCAUUUAAACUUAAUGCUGUCUCUUGUCAUUUAGCUGGUCAGCACUUCUAGCAAUCAGUAUGUGUAUCAAUACAGAAUGUUGUUUAUGUGAGAAAAUUAGAGAAAGUAGAACAGAGCUGGGAAAGAAGUGGUUAAAAUUAGUGUUGUUUUAUUAUGAAGAGUGUGAUAGAAAUGCUAAGUGCUACUAUUAUUUUUGUUGUUGUACUGGACUGUGCCUGCUUGAAAAAAGAUUCCGUUAUCCAUGCCAGUGCUGAGUGUUAGGCAGAAAAAAAUGAUCUUUCAAUCAGACUAGUGGAAUUGUAGCACCCAAUCUGGAUCCACUCUGGAAUUUGAGGAGAAACAUAUAGGAGACUAACUCACUUUUACAUGAAGUUCAGUGUUAAAACAUAAGAGCUGCUUUGAAAGUAUUCCAGUGGUAGAAAAAGUGUCAUAGGAUGAGAUACAAAGGAUACACAGUAGUUAGGGAGAGCACUGAAAUACGUGUGUGUAUAUAUAUAUACUAGGUAAGGAAGAUGAUUUGUGCAAAUUACCAAAAUUGCAUUUGUCAGUUUCAGUUUUAGUUUGAUUCUAUACUGAGACUUUGAGGAAUAAUUCAGCUUUUCCAGAAUAAUUUCUGCUGCUUUCUCAGAAAUACUGUUUUCAUGUGUUUAAAGUUUGUCUGCUAGUUUACUAAAAGUGUGAUUGUCUUUGAUAUUUUCCUAUUGGUUGUUGCUAUUGAUCAUUCUUCUCUCUCCAGAGAUUUACAAUUGUCAGUACAUAAGCUCUGUUAAUAACCUGAGCAAAAAUGAUUUUGUUGAAAUAGCUGUUAAGUUUCUAAUAAAAAAAAUAAAAAAACCAAACCAGUUGUGAUAUGUAUGACUAAUGCUAAAUGCUAUAACUCUUUCAUCCUUUAACAAUGAAUUACCAGUGUAACUGAAACACAAGAAACACAUCUUGUAAUUCAUUAAAGUGAGUUGUGGUGUUAUACUUCAAGUAGAAAAUGUUUUGAAGUCUCAGCAAAAAAUAGGUAGGGAGAAGAAAAUACAAUGUAGUAAAAGAGAGCUUUUAUUUAACUAGGGAAUUUAUUCAGGAUGAUGUGCUUCUGCUAAUUCAGGUAAAGCAAUAUUAACAUAUAAUGCAUUAAAAUUACUUUAAAACUUUAA